CGGCUGCCCCUCCGUCGCGUAGCAGACGCACUCAGGCCCGGCCCUUGACGGCAGCGGCACUAUGGACACUCCUAGCUCCUCCAGCUCCCGCUUUUCCGUCGGCUCUGCCAGCCCCGGCGCUAUCGCGCUACUCUACGCGAAAGAGCUCAAGAAGUGGGAUGAGUUUGAAGAUGUCUUGGAGGAGAGGAAGCAUGUCAGUGACUUGAAAUUUGCAAUGAAGUGUUAUACACCCCCAGUGUAUAGGGGACUCACUCCCUGCAAGCCAAGUGAUAUCAAGUCCAGCGUUCUUAAUUCAGAAGAGAUUCACUAUGUCAUUCGACAGCUUUCCAGGGAGUCCCUUACAUCUGCCGAUAGCCUCCGAGAGGAAGCCAGUGAGAUCUUGGAGGAAAUGAGUCACAAACUGCGAGUGGGAGCCAUUCGUUUUCUUGCCUUCACUCUGAGCAAAAUUUUUAAGCAGAUUUUCUCGAAGGUGUGUGUGAAUGAAGAAGGCAUUCAGAAGCUACAACGAGCCAUUCAGGAGUACCCCGUGGUCCUGCUGCCCAGUCACCGGAGCUACAUUGACUUUCUCAUGCUCUCUUUUGUUUUGUACAACUAUGACUUACCUGUGCCAGUGAUUGCAGCAGGAAUGGACUUCCUGGGAAUGAAGAUGGUUGGCGAGCUACUCAGGAUGUCUGGGGCCUUCUUCAUAAGGCGCACCUUUGGCGGCAAUAAACUCUACUGGGCUGUGUUUUCUGAAUAUGUGAAGACGAUGCUACGGAGUGGUUACGCUCCUAUUGAAUUUUUCCUUGAAGGGACAAGGAGUCGCACUGCCAAGACCUUGACUCCUAAAUUUGGUCUCCUGAAUAUUGUGAUGGAACCAUUUUUUAAAAGAGAAGUUUUUGAUACCUACCUUGUCCCAAUUAGCAUCAGUUAUGAUAAGAUACUGGAAGAAACUCUUUAUGCCUAUGAGCUCCUAGGAAUUCCUAAACCAAAAGAAUCCACUGCUGGGUUGUUGAAAGCUAGACGGAUUCUCUCUGAGAACUUUGGAAGCAUCCACGUGUACUUUGGAGACCCUGUGUCACUGCGCUCUCUAGCUGCAGGGCGGCUGAGUCGGAGCCCGUAUAACUUGGUUCCCAGAUGUUUCCCUCAGAAGCAGUCUGAGGCUGUGCACACCUUUGUCACCGAAGUUGCCUAUAGGAUACAGUUUCUGCAAAUUGAAAAUCUGGUUCUGAGCCCAUGGAUCCUGAUAGUUGCUGUCCUGCUUCAGAACGAGUUGUCCAUGGACUUGGACCUCUUGGUGGAGAAGACUCUGUGGCUGAAGGGCUUGACCCAGGUGUUUGGCGGGUUCCUCCUUUGGCCUGAUAACCAGCUACCUGAGGAGGUUGUCCAGUCCAGCAUCCUCCUGCACUCCAACCUUGCCAGCCUCGUCCAAGACCAGGCAGUUCUGAAAGUGGACACUGGAAGCUCAGAAGUGGUUGAUGGACUUGUGCUCCGACACAUCACCCUCCUUAUGUGCUCGGCUUACAGGAACCAGCUGGUCAACAUUUUCGUUCGUCCUUCCUUAGUAGCUGUAGCCUUGCAAAUGACACCGGGGUUCAGGAAAGAGGAUGUCUUCAGCUGCUUUUCCUUCUUACGCAAUGUGUUUUCAGAUGAGUUCAUCUUCCUUCCGGGAAACACACUCAGGGACUUUGAGGAAGGCUGUUACCUGCUGUGUAAAAGUGAGGCCAUACAGGUGACUGGGAAGGACAUCAUCAUCACAGACAAAGGGGAUGCUGUGUUAGAAUUCCUUGUAGGACUCUUUAAACCUUUUGUGGAAUCUUACCAGAUCAUUUCCAAAUAUCUCUUGUGUGAAGAGGAGGACUACUUCACUGAGAAACAGUACCUGGCUGCAGCUAGACAGUUCACCACUGGGCUUCUGGAUCAAGGUGCCUCUCAGUGUUACGAUGUGCUGUCUUCUGACAUGCAGAAAAAUGCCUUAGCAGCUUUUGUGAGACUUGGGGUGGUAGAGAAGAAGAAGGUAAAUAGUAACUAUGUGUUUAGUGUAAACAAACCUGCUGCAAGCAAAUUAGAAGAAAUGCUUGGUUGUAAGACACCAAUAGGAAAACCAGCCACUGCGAAGCUGUAAGAGUCACCAAGAGAUUGUGGAAAACAUUCCACAGUCAUAGCCACAAAGGACUUAACUAUCUCAGACAGGGAUGUCAAGAGGGAGAUGUGUCUUCUGGUGCUCCGAGAGGCCCUGGGAUCCGUGCUUCUGCCAAGAGGAGGAAAUGACCAGUGAGCACAUCAGUGUGAUCUUCCCACCAGUUAGUGGUGCCCGUGCCAACCUGUGUGUUCUAAAAUAAAAGAGUGUUUUGAAAACA